GGGUUGGGGGUUGGGGGGGGGGGGUUUGGUGGAUGUGCACUGUGGUUAUAGGAGAGUCUGCAGCACUCGGAUCAAAGUUCAAUUUCUCAUAACCCAGACAGUGAAAAGGGGGUAGAUCAGCCCCAGAGAAUAAUGGGCUGGGAUGGCAUACCUUUUUCUAAGGUAGAUCAUUUUUGUACCUUUAUGGAUUUAUGUGCAAUCAUUGUAAAUGAUAUCUGUUACGUAUGGAAGCAUGGAAGUAGUAUUUAAAUAUAGUUAAGUAUGUGCUUGAUAUUAUGCAGCAUUCAGUUAUACAGUUACUUCCUUUUGGCACAUAAUUAUUGACAAUGCCUGCUUCAAGGCACAGCUUAUUUUUUCUUUGAAACAUAAUUUCCACAAUAUUCACAAGCUUGGAUGAGAAGCACUCUGUGUGUGUGUGUGUGUGUGUGUGUGUGUGUGUGUGUGUGUGUGUGUGUGUGUGUGAAAAUUUAGCAAAUGAUUUGUCAGGUAGUGCACAUACCUUUUAUUACAUUUUUGUUGUAUUACUGUGUGUGUGUGUGUGUGUGUGUGUGUGUGUGUGUGUGUGUAUGCAUUUAAUUUUACAUGGAAAGGGGCGAAGGAAGUGAGAAUGUGAAGCUCUGAAAUCAGCAGCAAGUCCCAGUGCUCUCUAUACAGGGGCCAGUCAGCUAUCCAGCUCACUCAGCUCAGUAGAGAAAAGCGAAGAGCCAUCUUGCAAAUUGUGAAUUGCUGGGAACCGUGAUCUUUUUUUUUUUUUUUUUCUUCUGCAACCAGGAUAAGAGCAGCGACAUGAGGUAAUCCGCCCUAGAGCAGUGCUUCUCAACCAGGCGUCCUCAGACCCCUUGUGAUCCGUGGCAUAAUUUCAGGAGGUCUGUGGGAUUGUUCCCAGUGAGCUAAGGCAGCGGGAGCUCAGUGGUUAAGAUGUUUAUAAAUAAACUAUUGCUCCCAAAGUCAUGAGUUCAAACCCCAGCACUGCCAAGCUGUCCCUGCUGGACCCCUGAGCAAGGCCCUUAACCCUCAACUGCUCAGUUGUAUGAGAUAAAUGUACGUUGCUCUGGAUAAGGACGUCUGCCGAAUGCAAUGAAUGUACGUACGUACGUAUUUAAUACUUCAAAUGCAUUUUUUCAGGCCAUUAAAUGCGCAUUCUCAGCUCGCUCACUGACCGAGCUUAGCUUUGUUCAUUCAGGAGGGUUUGCAAAAGUUUGUAUUGUGCCCAACACUGCUGGGUUAAACAAACACAUGAUGAUACCCAGAGAUCAAUCAAGCCGAGUGUAAUUUUAGUAAUAAAAUGUGUGAACAUUUUACUCUCCACCCAAGACUACGACUACGAAAACUUCCGUUUCGAGUUUUAACAUUGACGAGUAAAACGACACGUGUACAUCAGUGCGUAAUGUGAAAUGCACAUGAACGUGUAUAAAAACGUCACCGUUUAUGUUAAAGUCGUGCGAAUAGCAGACAGGAUAUCAAAUCUCAUACCGACCUGAAAAUGUAUUCCGUUUAACACUUGUUGGUUUAGGAAAAGGUGUAGUGUAGACUAUUAUAUUUAUUACAUCACAUUAUAUAUUAAUAUAUGCAUAAUACAUGGUGGGGGGUCUGCGAGGAUCGGUCAGAAUAUGCCAGGGGUACACGGCUGUAAAAGGUUGAGAACCACUGCACUAGAGCGUCGGGUGUAAUACAGAGACCUGGGCAGCCAUCGAGAAUAGCAGUGAUGCAUUAGUCCUGAUUAAUUUGUGAUUAAUGCAUUGUAAAACAAAAAUAAAUAAAAACAGAUUAAAACAAGUUGCUGAUCUGCUCGAAUCUGAUUGGCGAAGAAAACGCUGAGUGUCUGACUGAGCUGUAAUUCAGACGUGUUGCUGUCAGCUGCUGUCUGUCAGAAAAGAUUGAGACGGUUUGGUCAUUUUGUGCCUUUCCACUAGCAAGCAUCCUGAUGCCGCUGUGAUAGGAAUAGCUCUAAUGAGGAGGCGUAUUCGUUCAGCGAGCGUGUGUGUGUGUGUGUGUGUGUGUGUGUUUCUUAUGAGACUCCAGUGUGCUGCUGAGCUGGUUGUUUGACUUGCUGGAGAAUCUUGGUGGACUGCACUGGUGGCUGUCCUUCCAUCAUGUUUUCUGUUUUGAUAUGAUCGUUUUCUAUAAUAGGAUCAGAAUGGUACACACACCACAACACUCUGUGUUCCAGGCUCACUAUUUCGUCUCGGCUCUAUCGUUUGUCCGUGGAGCCAUCACCACUUCAUGCACAGCCAUGCUGCACAAUGUUCUGUAUGCUUUCUUUUCAGUUGUACUUCCAGCAGUGUAUUUUAUGGUUGCUUACCAAUGUACUUUAAUGGCCAAUGAAUAUAUAAAAGAGCUCUACUGGCUUUCUAUGUAUGUAUGUAUGUGUAUCUCAUGGCAUUUGUUGGCAUACAGCCAUUGUUGUCUUGAGUUAAUAUUACCAGUAGUAAUAAAAUGAUGAAUAUAUGUUUUUAUAUUCUGUAUGAGUGUUUGUAUAAAAUGGAUGUAGGUUUGUUGUGUAUAACCAUCUCAUCUGGCAUUGCUCAAAUCUAGUGACUCAAUACAAUUUUACAUCAAGGUUUACUUUAAUUGAAUGUGAGCGUGCAUGUGCUUGUGUGCGUGCGUGCGUGUGUUGUUUUCUCAUACCUCUGCAAUGGGAGUGUGUAAUCUCUGACACACUUCCCCAGGUUGAUGAAUCGGUUAUCUCAGCAUUUUUCUGAUCCUCUUCUAAUGGCAUGAAGGUCAUACAUGCAUUUGCAGUCCGGGUUUAAGCAUGCACAGAGCCCUCCAGACACCAGGACUCUUCUGUUAUUGGUUCCACAAAUACCCUGUACGCCUUUGUGUACACUCUCAGAAAAGAGAGUAAUAAACUGUACGUUUCCUUGUCGCCGGGGUUGUAUCCUUCAUCUUUUAUACCUUAUGUAUCUUUUACCUGGAAAUGUGGAUAUGUAGUGUACUUUAAAAAUGAUAUAAGGUGAAUAAUUAUACCAUAAUUACCCUUCAGAGUAAAGCUUUAAAGGUAUACUACAUGCAUUUUAUUUCUAAGUAAAAGGCAUAAAAUGUUCACCCUUCAGGUUACCACCCCAGUGAUGAGGAGAGGUACAGUUAAGGACAAAAGUUUACGUACACCUUUUUAUUUUUAUUUUUUUUUCUUUAUAACGUUAUAACAGAGUUCCUGUGUUGUCAGGUAGUCUAUGUACUUUAUUUCUACAGGAGCUCAUGUCAAAAUAAUAGCUACUGUAAGAGAGCGAUUUAUUCCAGCUUUUAUUUACUAUAUCAGAUUUUCAUUCGGUCAAAAGUUUACGUUCACUUUGUUAGUAUUUGGUGGUGUUGCCUUUUCAUUGCUCGAAUUUGAAUAAAACUCGUUUUGUAUCCUUCCACAAGCUUCUCACAAUACUUCAGGUGUGCUUAGGAUCAUCGUCCUGCUGGAAGAUGCUGUCGCGACCAAGGUUUAACUUUCUGGCUUGUGUCUUGAGGUGUUGCUUCAGAAUUUGUAGAUAAUCCUCCUCCUUCAUAAUUCCAGCUAUUUUCUGAAGUGCCCAGUCCUUUAACAGCCUCACAACACGAUGCUACCACCCCGUGCUUCACAGUUGGGAUGGUGGUCUUAGGAUUAAAAACCUCACUGUUAUUUCCAUAUAUAGCAUUGAUUAUUAUGGCAAGACAGUUCAUUUUUUUUUGUCACCCUGGUGAUCACUUGCAAACGUCAGUCUGGCAUUUUUUUUUAUGCUGGCCUGGUAUUUAGAAGCCCUUUUUCCUUGUGCAACAGCCUGUCAGGACUCGUCAAUGUACCACUCUCUUAAUGCUGUAUAUACAUAGUUUGGUACUUUUGUUAAUUUGUACUUCUUUAAUUAACAGUCUGUAUGGUCCCAAGAUGUUAAAUAUUUCCAUGCAGUUGUUUGUACAGAAGCUCGUUGUACCUUCAGUCAUUUGGAAAACGCUCCUAAGGAAGUCGUGGCUGAGUAGCUUGGGUUUUCCCAUGGUGUCGAGGGCAACAAGGCACUGGCUCUAAAUUAAAGCCUGGGUUCGGUCCUAAUUAACUCGUAAUUAUAAACACUUGGAGAAUCAAACGUCUAGAAGUCUUUACGUCAGUUUCUGAAACCUUCCAGAUUGUUUAGAGACCGUCAACUUGGUGUGUGUAAACUUUCGAUCCAAUGCAAUUCUGAUCUAGUGAUUUAAAGCUGAAAUAAAUAAGUAUUUAAUUGAAACGACUGCCGAUAGGAGUGCAGUAGAUCCCCUAAUCGACUUGCCAAAAGAAAUGUGUAGGUAAAGGUUUGGCCUCGUCAACAAUUUACGUAUAACAAGUCUUUAAUAUAGCAAUUGAAUUUUAAACAAUAAAUCAUUGAAUAAUAAUAAUAACUGCUAAUAUAAAUAACUCUGUUAAUACUUUAACAUUUAGGGAAAACUAUUAUUAGCGUGGAAAACCAAAUUGAGAUUAUAUAAAUAUACACACCAAUCACAACACCUUGACCUUUUUGUCAUGUUCCUCAAACCGUUCCUGAACAAUUCUUGCAGUUUGGCAGGGUGCAUUAUCCUGCUGAAAGAGGCCCCUGCCAUUAGGGAAUACAAUGUUUAGGUAAGUGGGACGUGUCAGAGUAACAUCCACAUGGAUGCCAGGACCCAGGGUUUCCCAGCAGAACAUUGCCCAGAGCAUCACACUGUCUAUGCUGGCUUGCCUUCUAUGUGAAUAGUGCUUCCUGGUGCCAUCUCUUCCCCAAGUAAGCGGCGCACACACACCCGGCUGUCCACGUGACUCAUGUAGUUGUGGCUCAGGUGAUACAGCAGGUUGUCCACUAAUCGUAGGGUUGGCGGUUCGAUUCCUGACCCACAUGCCGAAGUGUCCUUGGGCAAGACGCCGAACCUCAAGUUGCUCCCGAUGGCAACCUUGCAUGGUAGCUCUGCUAUCAUUGGUGUGUGUGUGCUAUAUAAGUGCAGAUCAUUUACUAUUUACCAUCACAUGAUUUAAAACAAACCUCCCUUGUUGUCCCACAUUUAGUGAGUACUAACCACUGCAUACUGGGAACACCCCCACAAGACCUGCCAUUUUGGAGAUGCUCCGAACCACUCGUCUAGCCAUCACAAAUGUGGCCCUUAUCGGAGUCGCUCAGGUUCUUAAUCUUCCCCAUUUUUCCUGCUUCCGAUAAACCUUUUCAACCUUCGAGAACUGUCUGUUCACGUACUGCCUAAUAUAUCCCACCCCUUGACAGGUGUAACAAGAUAAUCAAUGUUACUUACUUCACCUGUCAGUGGCUCAUUGGUGUAUAUACAGAAGCACUUGGCUUGCAUAGCUGUUGAAGUACUUUUAUCUGAAACAUCCUGGGCUGCUCUGGGGGUUUAUCUCUCUUUGUGUGUGUGUGCGUGUUGUGUGUUUUGGAAACCAGGCGAUGAAAGGCUUAGUGUGUGACUCAGUGAGUGUAAGCUUUGUGGCUCUCCACAACAGCCUGCACACUACAGAGCAGCAAAGACGCAUAUGACCGAUGACUACAAAAGAAUACUGCAGAAUGGGCAGUCUGGACGACGUUCCCUUUAAGGUUCCACUGGGUCCUCUGGAUGAGCCUCUGGGCAUGAUGGAGCCAUUCACUGGCCAAGAAAUCAUCAUCCCAGACUUCCACCAAACACUGCAUGACCUGCAGUAUGAUUUCUGUCUGGAGAACUGGGUUCUGAAUGGGUUCCCUGCUCCCUCUAAUAUGCAUGUUUUCAUUCCUGAGCAUGGUUGUGCGCUUCCGUCCUGCCCUCCAUACUGGCUUCUGUUUAGCAGCCCUCAGGAGAGGCGCUCUCUACACCUCUGCAGAAAGGGAUUAUCUGACAAAGGACAGCGACAGCGCAGCCUGAGCAUGAGUUCGGCGGACCUGCCGAGAUCCCACCUUCCCCGUACGCACUUCCUCAUUGACGACUCGGCGCACGACGCUGCAGGGUACAGCGAGGAUGACGAGUGCUCCUCCACUGAGGAAGAUCGAGGUUUUCGCUCUCGGAGCAGAGAAAGAGCCAGAUUUUCACUGCUUCACGAGACUCAGAGGCCCGGGUCACCCCGAGCCCCGAUCCACACCCACAGGAACUCCACCAGCACUCUGAAGGAGAUGAGCAACCCACCGAGCCUGAGGUCUCCACGACCUCACAAAAAACACAUCUCUGGGUGCUCCUGUGGAAAACGAAACAUCACCCCCCACAAACCACAUGUCACACACUCCAGGCUCCAGCCCAGACCCUCCUCAGCCGACCCGCAGCCCUCCGCUCACCAACGCAGGUCUUCUCUGCAGGCUGCUCGUCCACGCACUUCUCAUGGAGAUCACCACCUGGUCUCAGACUCACCAGUGGAGCUGCUGUAUGCUCUGAGCCAGGAAGAGAGAGAACUGGUGGAGAGCAUCACUGCUCAGGGAUACACACUCCGUUCUGCCAUCCUGGCUCUGCAGCGCACUGGCACACGCAGUGCAGAGCAGAUUCUGGAUUAUCUGUUGGUGCGUGAUCGUCUUUGUGCACUGGGUUAUGAGAAAACUCAGGUGGAGGACGCUUUGGAGAUGUUUCAGAACUGUGAGAGCAAGGCUACAGAGUUCCUGCGAUUGCUGGCUCAGUUCUGUGAAAUGGGCUUCCAGCAGAGCACCAUUAAAGAGGUUCUGCUCUUACAUGACAACCACCGCGAGAGAGCACUGGAGGAACUCGUGACGCACGUCACCUGAACGUUCUACGGACGUCGAGAGAUUUCUCGGCACACAACAUUUACGUAUCAUUAAUCUGAUUAGACGGAAAUUGCACUGUAUCGUCGCGCUGUUAAUUUACCUUGUGAUUAUACGGUCACGUGAAAAACGCUGUAGCCUGAAAGAGACACACAGAGAAAGCAGACGUAGUAAAGCAAUCUUACAUGACUGCUCGUACAGGGCGGAUACUGUGGGUGCACAGUAGUAGACUGCUUUGAGAUUUCAGGGAUACGGUGAUGAGUAACAUUUCUCAUGAAGUGAAUGUUCGUUCAAGUAGUACAUUUCAAGUAAUAUACUCCACUUUCAGACACUAUAAAUGAACAACAUUAGUGCUGUUUCAAAGCUGUUGUUGGUAAUUACUGCUUUGAGACGCCUACGGUUAGAAGUAAUUUGCUUUUUGCAGCACUAUGUUUAAAUUUGGGCCUAUUCCUCUUGGCAAACCUCCCCUGUGAUGGACACGCAAUACCAAAUUUGCAAUUUCCUAUAUUUUCUGUGGGAUUCAAGUCAGGAGUAGCCGUUUCUGCAAAGCCUUCUUGAGUUGUUAUAGCUGUAUGUUUGAAGUUGUUGUCUUGCUCGAACUCGUGUUAAAUCUACCCAACCAAUGGCAAUGUCUUUUAUAAUGACACCAGCUGCAGCAUUUCUAUCUAGAUCUGGAUUUACUUUUCUAAAGUUUAAAGCAUUAACCGACUCUUUAUUACCACAUCUUACUGUUAUAGAAAAGAACCAUCAUGACAGAAAUUCACAAAUAUAUCAAUUGUACGAAAUAAAAAAGAAGAUGGUAAGGAAGAUGGUAGAUUAUUAACUCAUUUCUGUAUGCAAUCCAGCUGUCACAUCACGUGACAAAAGAGCGAACGACUCGAACCCGAAGACUCGAGAGAUGAACUGAUCGUUUCUGUUUCCGGUACAGAACGUAUUGGGAUGUUGUAGCGCAUGCGCAGUCAAAUGAACGAAUCAGUCCAUGAGACAACUCGCUGUUCCGAGUCAUAUUAAAGAUUCGUUCUGUAUGAACGACACUUCACUAUAGCAGCGCCGGUGUGAGAGCCUGGGCUUUCUUGUGCAUGCUGCGUUAAUACACACUCACUGGACUUACGCCGGAACCACACGUCAGAAAUAAAACUUAUCGCUUAUAUUUUUUCCUCAGAAGCGUGUGGAUGUGUGUCGCGACUUCACGGUAUAAAGCGAGUGAGUGAAGUACCGCCGGCUAGGGAGGGAGUAGCACGGCUCAAUAAGCUCGAUUAGCCGAUGAAAACUUUGGCCAUCAACUGCAAUCAUUUCCAUAACUUUGCAUGUGAUUGCUUUUGCUUUGGCACUGUUCUUGUCGAAUUUCCUCGUACUGUCGUGUUUGUUGUCCGGCUUGUUGUAAUGGCUGCCGCUAUUUGUUUGGCGGUCAGUUUUGUCUGAUAAUCUUUAUACGUUUCGGAAUGGCGAAACUUCAGAUGGCUUAUUAAAUUAGUUGUAUUAAAGAUUUUUGUUCUACUGCCUCCUCGCAUUACUUCACAUUCGCAGCCGUUGCAAAUAGCAAUUUGGAUGUCCCGGUGAAGCAUUCCCACACCGCCGCCAUCUUGUCUUCACUCUAGCACAAACUCUUCUAAAGCGCGGGGCGGGGCCAUGCGGAAGCGACCAAUCAAAACCCUCAUAGCCAACAGCGUGCAUCCGAAGCGAUAUAUCAUAGCCGAUAUAUCGUGCAUCCCUAAAUUUUACAUAUAUAUUAAAUAUUGUCCAAACACUUUUUUCCCCGUAUAGUUUUAUUUCUUUUCUAUUUUUAAGUACAAAGUUAAAAGACAUUGCAUAUGUAAAUUUGAAGUGAAUAUAUGCGGGGAGGGAUUUGGUAAUAUAAAACUGUCUGAAUACUUAUUUCCCCUCACUGUAUACUGACUUUUAUCUUUGUAAGCAAAUAUUUUGUUAAAAAGCUUUUUUAUAAUAAAUGCCAGUUAAGUCUU